GGCCCCGCGCGCGCCGCAGCGGCCCGCAGACGGCGAGGGGGAGGGGCGGCGCGCGCACCGGCGGGGCCGCGCCGGGAGAAAGACACUGGCAGGCGGCGGGGCGGGGAGCGGCGCGCGCCGGCCGCGGCGGAGCAGGAGGCAGCCGAGAGCCCGCGGGGGUCCGGGGGCUGCGAUUCCCCCACCCCCCGAAAACAAUGUGUGGCGUGCAGCGGGGCGCAACUUGCCGGAGGCGGCGGGGGCGCGCUGAGCCCGCUUGAGACCGCGCCGUUGACCUUCUCCCCCCGCCCGCCGUCCGUUGGGCCCGGGCGCCCAGCUCCUCUCGCUCCCCAGCUCGCGGGGGCCGGGCCGAGCUGCGGGGCGGGGCCGCCCCUCCGUCGCUGCUGCCUCCUCCCCCACCCCCAGCCGCGGCGGAGGAUGCGGACGGCCCCCGGCGGCGUCUAGCGGCCCCGGGCCCAGGCGCGAUGGUGCAGCAGCGGGGCGCGAGGGCCAAGCGGGACGGCGGGCCGCCGCCCCCGAGACCGGGGCCGGCCGAGAAUGGGGCGCGGGAGCCCGGCUGGUGCAAGACCCCGAGCGGCCACAUUAAGAGACCGAUGAAUGCAUUCAUGGUGUGGUCGCAGCACGAGAGGCGGAAGAUCAUGGACCAGUGGCCCGACAUGCACAACGCCGAGAUCUCCAAGCGCCUGGGCCGCCGCUGGCAGCUGCUGCAGGACUCGGAGAAGAUCCCGUUUGUGCGGGAGGCGGAGCGGCUGCGCCUCAAGCACAUGGCGGAUUACCCGGACUACAAGUACCGGCCGCGCAAAAAGAGCAAGGGGGCGCCCGCCAAGGCGCGGCCCCGCCCCCCCGGCGGCGGUGGCGGCAGCCGGCUGAAGCCCGGGCCGCAGCUGCCCGGCCGAGGGGGCCGCCGAGCAGCAGGCGGGCCUUUGGGGGGCGGCGCGGCGGCGCCCGAGGACGACGACGACGACGACGACGAAGAGCUGCUGGAGGUGCGCCUGGUGGAGACCCCCGGGCGAGAGCUGUGGAGGAUGGUCCCGGCGGGGCGGGCUGCCCGGGGACCGGCCGAGCGCUCCCAGGGACCGUCGGGCGAGGGGGCGGCUGUCACCGCCGCUUCCCCGACUCCGUCGGAGGAUGAGGAGCCGGAGGAAGAGGAGGAGGAGGCGGCGGCCGCGGAGGAAGGCGAGGAGGAGACGGUGGCGUCGGGGGAGGAGCCGCUGGGCUUUCUGUCCAGACUGCCCCCCGGCCCCGCCGGCCUGGACUGCAGCGCCCUGGACCGCGACCCGGACCUGCCGCCCGCCUCGGGCACGUCGCACUUCGAGUUCCCGGACUACUGCACCCCUGAGGUUACCGAGAUGAUUGCAGGGGACUGGCGCCCGUCUAGCAUCGCCGACCUGGUUUUCACCUACUGAGCCCACCGUCAGCGGGGCGCGCACGCCCCCAAACCAGCUGUUUACAUACAGGAAUCAGGUAUUGGGGCCCCCUCGGAGGCCGAGGCUGGCACCCCAUCUCUGCGCAGCCUCCCCCCUCCUGGACGUGCCCACCCCCACCCCCCCUCAAAUCUAGACAUGCCCCUCCCCCGCAGACACACCCCAAGGCAGCCCAACCCCCACCCCAUCCCGUCCGAGCUCCUCCCCUUCUGUUCCCCUCCCGCACAGCCACCAGCAGCCAGCCCCCCCUCCGUGACACCUCCCGUCCACUCCGACACCCCGUGCCCCUCCCCCCCGCCGUGCACACGCCCCUCCUCGUGGCCGGAGGACACGCCCCUGCCCGUGCCCGCUCCGGAUCCCCGCCGCCCUGCGCCGAGCCCGCCUCCUGGUUUCUGGGGGACGCUGCGGCCGGCCCCCUCCCCUCCCGGGGUGCAGGAGGCGGCGGGGAGGGGGUGUGUGUGGGGGAAGCGCUCCCGCUGCUGGGGCCCGCCCUCCUCGCGCGCAUGCUUGGCGCUCCCUGGGAGGAGGGGGCUGGUCCCAGUGGAGGCGCACGCCUCUGUGGCCAGCUCCGGGAAGAAGGGGGGAGGGUACGAGAGCCAUCCCGAGAAAUCCCGGGAUCCGGAGCCGCAGCUUCCUUUCAACCUCUGGGGCGUCACUGCCUUAAUGGGAGGAGCACGGGAAGGGGAGAGAGACUAGAUGGGCCCUUGGGGGCUGGAACUCUCCCAAGUGGUAGAGCCCCUUUCCCUCACGCUAUCGCCCGCACCCACGUGCACCGCCCCCCCCCCCCCCGUCCCCCACAGCGACCGAUUGCCUCUAGAACCUCUGCAGCACGUCCCUCUCUUUGCCCCCACCUGGGGGGUCGGGGGUGGGGGGUCUCUCUCUCCCGUCCACCACGUGAGGACUGUGCUCCCCAAGAAAACUUAGACCCAGGACACCUCCCUGUCUGUUUAUGGACCGGGGUCCCCGCUGCACCCUCCGCCCGACCGAGUGCCCCACGACGCCUUGGCACCUUCCCAGCGUGGGCCCCUCCCUAGGCCCUUUGCCCCUUCUUGUCACCCAAGCUCGCGCCCCCGUGGGAGAGCUGGAGGCACGUUGGUACGGAGGACUGAGACUCCGUAGUGGAUGAAGUGGCGGGCACAGCCCCACUUAGAGCAGCCGGAGUGAGCAGGAGCGGCCGCGGGGCCAGAGAACGCGACGGGAGGGAUGAGAAGGCGGGGUGGGCCGUGUGCACCCGGAAGGCUGGUCAUGAGAAACAGAAGGCGCAUUGCUGUUGGAGGAAGUCCCGUCCUGUUCCAACGUGCCCUGGGGACCCCCAUCCCAGAUGCUGUUACCCCCUCCGGCCCCCAACUCCCCACCCCUCCGGCCUCCCACACCCUCCUCUGCCCUCUACCUGUAUCUCACCGGCGUGUGUCCAUCCUUGUGGGUGCACACACACUCUCAUUCACACACACAAAUCUCAGGAACAUCCGGUCCCAGAGUCCUCCGGGACCCCUCCCCAGGGUCUCCGCAGGCCUCUGCCCCACGCGUUCCCCGUCGCUGACAAAGCCACCAGCUGCCUCCUCUAAGCUUGGUGCUCCGGCUCUGGGCCUUUCUUGCGCUCUUUCUCUCUCUCUUUCUCUUCUUUUUUUUUUCUUUUUUUAAAGAAAAACAACUACAACAACAAAAAAAAGAGACAAUGGAAAAAAAAAAACGUCCAUGUGCGUGAAGCGGUGUCACUGUCUGUGGUCUUGGAGAACUAGUCUUGUAGCUAAGGGAGGGGACCCUCCAGUCUGGGGCACUGGCACCCACAGCAGGACUCCCGCCAGUCUGAUGCCAGGAUUGAAUAAAGUGUAUUUGCCCCGA